AUGAGGUGUUUCCAUGUCACAGUGACAGCUCUGUGCUGUGCACUGGUUGUGCUGGGAGUGUUUCCGCUCUCUCUUCAUGCACAACUUGAUCCUUCCUUUUACAGGGACACAUGUCCCAAGGUUCACUCCAUUGUUCGUGAAGUGGUGAGGAACGUUUCAAAGAAAGAUCCUCGCAUGCUCGCCAGUCUCAUUAGACUUCAUUUUCAUGACUGCUUUGUUCAAGGGUGUGAUGCAUCAAUUUUGUUGAACAACACUGCGACGAUAGUGAGUGAGCAAGAAGCUUUGCCAAACAACAACUCAAUAAGAGGUUUGGAUGUUGUGAACGAUAUCAAGACAGCAGUGGAAAAUGCUUGCCCUGGAGUGGUUUCUUGUGCUGAUAUUCUUACCCUUGCAGCUGAAAUAUCUUCUGUUCUGGGUGGUGGUCCUGACUGGAAAGUUCCAUUGGGAAGAAGGGAUAGUUUAACGGCAAACAGAACACUUGCCAAUGAAAACCUUCCAGCUCCAUUCUUCAACCUCACUCGGCUUAAAGCUGCAUUUUCUAAACAAGGUCUUGACACUACUGAUCUAGUUGCGCUCUCAGGUGCUCAUACAUUUGGCAGAGCUCACUGCUCUUUCAUUACUGACCGAUUGUACAACUUCAGUGGUACUGGCAAACCCGAUCCAACUCUCGACACAACUUAUUUACAACAAUUGCGCACGCAAUGCCCCCAAGGAGGACCGAACAACCUUGUCAAUUUUGACCUAACUACUCCUGAUGUAUUUGACAAGGCCUACUACUCCAAUCUUCAGGCAAAGAAGGGCUUGCUUCAGAGUGAUCAAGAGUUGUUCUCAACACCUGGUGCUGAUACCAUUGGCAUUGUCACCAGGUUUAACGGUGAUCAAAAGGUUUUCUUUGACGCAUUUGAGGCUUCAAUGAUUAAAAUGGGUAAUAUUGAUGUGCUCACUGGGAAGAAAGGAGAAAUCAGAAAACAUUGUAAUUUUGUUAACAAGAAAUCUGUUGAACUUGAUAUUGCUAGUGUCGCCUCUGAAGAAUCUUCAGUGGAGGGCAUGGUUAGCUCAUUCUAA